AUGGUCUCGCUGAUCUCGGGUGCGGGGCAUGGGGCACAUCCGCCCGGCCGGGACUCUGUGUCCCGGCCCCUCCAUCUCGCCUCUCCAGCCUCCCCCCGCGGCCUUGGGUUCCUGUAAACCGGCGCUCUGGUGCUAGCUGUGAAGGGGCGCCCUUAUCAACUCGUUUCCUGUUUUUUCGUUCAUGCGUACCCCCCACAUACGUCCUCAGUGGGGGGACUGAGCACCUGUUGUGCCCCAGCUAGCUGUGCUUCGAUGCCAAGUUGCAGCCCUGCAGUUUGUAAGGCCUCCUCCUAUCGGGUGGAGGGACAGGAAUCAUGAGGGCUCUGGGACAGCAGCGUGAGAUGCUCUGUGUGAAAGCUCCGCAGCAUCCAGGAGGCAAAUAUGGUCUGUGCUUGAGACUGUAGACUGGAGGAGGCCUGAGCGUUUGGUUUCCAGGAGGCAGUGAAGGGAGGAGCAUCCUGCAGUAAAAGCACUGGCUGCUGUCCUGAGAGAUGAGCUUAAGCGCCAUUACAACCUGGGAGAGUACUGGAUUGAGGUGGAGAUGGAGGACCUGGCCAGCUUUGAUGAGGACCUGGCUGAUUCUUUGUACAAGCAACCAGCUGAGCACCUGGAGCUGCUAGAGGAAGCGGCCAAGGAGGUGGCUGACGAGGUGACUCGGCCCCGGCCUGCUGGGGAGGAGGUACUCCAAGACAUCCAGGUCAUGCUCAAGUCGGACGCCAGCCCCUCUAGCAUUCGGAGCCUGAAGUCGGACAUGAUGUCCCACCUGGUGAAGAUCCCUGGCAUCAUCAUUGCAGCCUCUGCGGUCCGGGCCAAGGCCACACGCAUCUCCAUCCAGUGCCGCAGCUGCCGAAACACCCUCACCAACAUCGCUAUGCGCCCAGGCCUGGAGGGCUAUGCCCUGCCCAGGAAAUGCAAUGCGGACCAGGCUGGCCGCCUCCGGUGCCCACUGGACCCAUACUUCAUCAUGCCCGACAAGUGCAAGUGUGUGGACUUCCAGACCCUGAAGCUGCAGGAGCUGCCAGACGCUGUGCCACAUGGUGAGAUGCCCCGGCACAUGCAGCUCUACUGCGACAGGUACCUGUGUGACAGAGUUGUCCCUGGGAACAGGGUCACCAUCAUGGGCAUCUACUCCAUCAAGAAGUUUGGCCUGAACCCCAGCAGGGGUCGAGACAAGGUGGGCGUGGGUAUCCGGAGUGCCUAUGUCCGUGUACUGGGAAUCCAAGUGGACACCGAUGGCUCUGGCCGCAGCUUUGCCGGCUCUGUGAGUCCGCAGGAGGAAGAGGAGUUCCGCCGCCUGGCCGCCCUCCCCAACGUCUAUGAGGUCAUCUCCAAGAGCAUCGCACCCUCCAUCUUUGGGGGUGCAGACAUGAAGAAGGCCAUUGCCUGCCUGCUCUUCGGGGGUUCACGGAAGAGGCUCCCUGAUGGACUCACUCGCCGAGGGGACAUCAACCUGCUAAUGCUGGGGGACCCGGGGACAGCUAAGUCCCAGCUCCUGAAAUUUGUGGAGAAGUGCUCUCCCAUUGGGGUCUAUACAUCUGGGAAGGGCAGCAGUGCGGCUGGACUCACCGCCUCCGUGAUGCGGGACCCAUCCUCCCGGAACUUCAUCAUGGAGGGCGGAGCCAUGGUCUUGGCUGACGGCGGGGUUGUCUGCAUUGAUGAGUUUGACAAGAUGCGAGAAGAUGACCGUGUGGCAAUCCACGAGGCCAUGGAGCAGCAGACCAUUUCCAUCGCCAAGGCUGGAAUCACCACCACCUUAAAUUCACGCUGCUCUGUCCUGGCUGCUGCCAACUCGGUGUUUGGCCGCUGGGAUGAGACCAAGGGGGAGGACAACAUCGACUUCAUGCCCACCAUCCUGUCCCGCUUUGACAUGAUCUUCAUUGUCAAGGACGAGCACAACGAGGAGAGGGAUGUGAUGCUGGCCAAACACGUCCUCACGCUGCACGUGAGCGCGCUGACACAGACACAGGCUGUGGAGGGCGAGGUCGACCUGGCCACGUUGAAGAAGUUCAUUGCGUACUGCCGCGCGAAGUGUGGCCCUCGGUUGUCUGCAGAGGCCGCGGAGAAGCUGAAGAACCGCUACAUCAUUAUGCGGAGCGGAGCCCGGCAACAUGAGAGGGACAGCGACCGCCGCUCCAGCAUCCCCAUCACCGUGCGGCAGCUGGAGGCCAUCGUGCGCAUUGCAGAGGCCCUCAGCAAGAUGAAACUUCAGCCUUUCGCCACCGAGGUGGACGUGGAGGAGGCCCUGAGGCUCUUCCAAGUGUCCACAUUGGAUGCUGCCAUGUCGGGCACCCUGUCUGGGGUGGAGGGCUUCACCAGCCAAGAGGACCAGGAGAUGCUGAGCCGCAUAGAGAAGCAGCUCAAGCGCCGCUUUGCCAUCGGCUCCCAGGUGUCUGAGCACAGCAUUGUCCAGGACUUCAUCAAGCAGAAUGGAGAGUCCUGUGCUGGCUGCAGUGUGCUCCCAGUGAUGGCACUCAAUACCCUUCAAUGGGUGGGUGCGGGGCCCUGUGUCUACCCCAUGCUCUGCACCCACAGAAGUACCCGGAGCACGCCAUCUACAAGGUGCUGCAGCUCAUGCUGCGCCGCGGCGAGGUCCAGCACCGCCUGCAGCGCAAGGUCCUCUACCGCCUCAAGUGAGGAAACCCACGCCUGCUGUCUCCACAUCACCGCCUGGGUGCCUGCUGGAACAUGUGCCUUGGAGUCCCCGUGAUAAAGACUGCUGUGUUGGUUCUUGGUGACCUCUGCACCUGGGGGCAUCCCCAUCUGUGCUCUGGCAGGAUGGGUCCGGGGCAGCAGCUGCUCGAAGCUGAGAGUGCAGGCGAGGCCCCCACACUCAUGCCCAGUGCAGAGCCUCUGUGUACUUUCUCGUGCCUUGGCAUCCAGAUCUGAGGGCAGCUGGCACCAUCCCUGCCUCAGGGGUGGCACUAAAGGUCCCUGACAGCUCAUUGAGGGGCCUCUUGGCAGGGGGAGUGCAAUAGGGUGCGGUGACAUUUGGGUGGCUUUUGGUGUCUCGGGGACACGCAGGUUCUGGUGAGCCUCAAAGCAGAGGGCUGGGGCUCCUGCUGCUGCCUUCCUGCAGGGCACCUCCAAGCCCUUGGGGCCCACCAGGUCUUCUCCCUGAGCCCAGGAGGGCCAGGGUUAGAGGAAAUCACCAAUGCUUUGCUUUGGUUAGAUUUGUAGUUUAGAAAUGCAGUCCUUGGAUUGAGUUUGUGUUCUGUUUUUAGAAAUCUAGAAUUUGUGAAAUUAAGAAAAAGUCAGCAAAAUAAAAUAUUUGACAUUUAGAAA